AUGGCUCCAUUUUGGCAUAUGGAAGAACGUUUUGAUUACGGUAUAAGUAACGAAUACGAACAGAUAGAUCCUUCUUACGAUGUAAUGGAAUUGGAUUUUGGGGUAAUUAGGAAAGACAAAGUAGAGAUUCCAUCGGACGAUAGAGUCUACUUUUAUAUUAAGAUGGAGGCGUGUUUUACCUAUGGGUGUAUUUCUGGUAUGGAAGAUUUCGAAAAUUUCCUCGGAGAUUUAGUUGACGAAAGUGAGACCACGGGUUCGUUCAUGAUUCCGCGUGAUAAAUUGUUGUCGGAAGAUCCGCUAGUCCGGAAGGAUACCAUCUCCGACAUGAUAAUCGAAAUGGGUGUCCGGCCGACCUGGAAUAUGAUGGACCCUAUCCUUGAGGUAGCCCAUACGAUGGCUACCCGCCAACUACGCACCGUACGCAAGAAGAUUCUACCAUUUUCUGUGUAUAUUUAUGUGGAAGAUUAUGUGGAUACUCAUGAUUAUAGUGCCGAUGAAGAUGAAGAGGAUCUGAUAUUGGAAGAGGAGGCAGAGGAGGAGGCGAUGGCGAUGCAGCCCGAGUUUAAUAUGGAAAUCUUUCCCGUAUCGGAAUUAGUUGGCGGAGAAAAGUGUAUCAUCUGUCUAGAUGAGCUGCCUUCAAAGGAUGAGAAAGAUCUGAAGAGAACGGGAUGUUGCAGACAUGUUUUCCAUGGUGAAUGCAUCGACAAGUGGCUUGUUCGCCGCAGCUUGUGCCCUCUUUGCAGGUUCCAGAUUUAA